ACUGUGCUGCCGGGAGGGACCUCGUGGGAUGCGGAGUCUUUCAGAAUCCUUUUCACUCCCACAGGGUCGAGACGCGGAGUGAAAGAAGAAGGAGCCGCAUAUGAAUCAUUUAAAGCUGUAAGAUGCUAAUAUUUCAAGUCGCAGCACACCUAGCGCUCUGCGCGCUCACAUUGGCCCAGGUGCCCGAGCUGAGCGAUGUGUGCACGCAAGGCAGCUGCUACCCCGCAACGGGAGACCUCCUGAUCGGCAGAGCCCACCAGCUGCGGACCUCUUCCACUUGCGGGCUCCACCGACCCGAGCCCUUCUGCAUUGUGAGCCACUUGCAGGAGGAGAAGAAGUGCUUUGUCUGCGACUCAAGAGAAGUCUACGAUGAGAGGACAAAUCACACGACCAGCCACAGCAUUGAGAACGUGGUGACCACCUUUGCUCCCAACCGCCUCAAAACAUGGUGGCAGUCAGAGAAUGGCCUAGAGAAUGUGACCAUCCAGCUCAACCUUGAAGCUGAGUUCCACUUCACCCACCUCAUCAUGACCUUCAAGACGUUCCGUCCUGCUGCCAUGAUCAUUGAGCGUUCCGCUGACUUUGGGAAGAACUGGCAGGUCUACCGCUACUUCGCCUACGACUGUGAGGCAUCCUUCCCCGGCAUCUCCCGAGGGCCCAUGAAGAAAGUGGAUGAUGUCAUCUGCGAUUCACGCUACUCUGACAUCGAGCCCUCGACAGAGGGAGAGGUAAUUUUUCGCGUCUUGGAUCCAGCUUUCCGAAUUGAAGACCCCUACAGCCCCAGAAUACAAAAUAUGUUGAAAAUUACAAACCUGAGGGUCAAGUUCACCAAGCUGCACACCCUGGGUGACAACCUGCUGGACUCACGCAUGGAAAUUAAAGAGAAGUACUACUACGCCAUCUACGAUAUGGUGGUGCGUGGCAACUGCUUCUGCUAUGGACACGCCUCCGAGUGUGCCCCCGUUGAUGGGACCAGAGACAAUGUGGAGGGAAUGGUCCACGGUCACUGCAUGUGCAACCACAACACCAUGGGCCUGAACUGUGAGAAAUGCCAGGACUUCCACCACGAUUUACCCUGGAGACCAGCUGAGGGACGCAACACCAACGCAUGCAAAAAGUGCAACUGCAACCACCACUCAGACUCGUGCCACUUUGACAUGGCGGUAUACGUGUUCACGGGCAACGUGAGUGGAGGCGUCUGUGACGACUGCCAGCAUAACACCAUGGGCCGCAGCUGCGAGCAGUGCAAGCCCUUCUACUACCAGCACCCCCAGAAGGAUGUCCGUGACCCCCACAUCUGCGAACCUUGCAACUGCGACCCGGUGGGUUCCCUGAACGGCGGAAUCUGCGACGGGAUGACAGACAUACUGGCGGGCCUCAUCGCCGGCCAGUGCCGCUGCAAGCCCAAUGUGGAGGGCGAGCGCUGCGACCAGUGCAAACAGGGCUCCUACGGCUUGAGCGAGGACCCGCUGGGUUGCCAGCCAUGCACGUGCAACCCUCUCGGCACUCUUCCGGGAGGGAGCCCGUGUGACACGGAGACAGGAAAUUGUCACUGCAAGCAACUGGUGACUGGGAGGAAUUGUGAUCAGUGUCUGCCACAACACUGGGGGCUCAGCAACGACAUGCACGGGUGCCGACCAUGCGAGUGUGACCAGGGAGGAGCCAUCAGCAAUGACUGCUCUGCAGAGACCGGGCAGUGUCCCUGCCGAGAGCACAUGUUUGGGCGUCAGUGCAACCAAGUGGAGUCUGGCUUCUAUUUCAUCGCUCUGGACCACUACACAUACGAGGCAGAAGAUGCCAAGUUUGGACCUGGUGUGACAAUAGUCCAGCGGCAGUACCCUCAGGAUCGAACCCCUACAUGGACGGGGAUUGGAUUUGUCAACGUUCCAGAGGGAGCGUAUCUGGAGUUCAACAUUGACAAUAUCCCCUACUCCAUGGAGUAUGACAUUGUGAUCCGCUACGAACCCCAAUUGCCCGACCAGUGGGAGGAAGUGAUGAUGACGGUGAUCAGACCCGGUCCAAUCUCUGCAGACAGUCGCUGUGUGAACACUGUGCCAGAGGAUGAUAAUCAAAUGGUCUCCCUCCACCCAAUUUCCAGGUACGUGGUUCUGCCACGGCCGGUGUGCUUCGAGAAGGGGCUCAACUACACCAUUCAUCUGAGCUUGCCCCUGUACUCUGCCCUUAGUGUCGUCCAGUCCCCUUACACCCUCAUUGACUCUAUUGUGCUCAUGCCCCACUGUAAGAACCUAGAGAUCUUCACAGGAUCAGAGGGAGGCGAUUUGGUGACCAACAGUGCCUGGGACACCUUCCAGCGCUAUCGGUGCCUGGAGAACAGCCAGAGUGUGUUGAAGACGCCCAUGACAGACAUCUGUAGGAACUUCAUCUUUGGCGUGUCUGCACUGCUGCACCAAGGGGCUGUGGCAUGUGAGUGUGACCCCCAAGGCUCCCUUAGCUCCGUGUGUGAUCCCAAUGGUGGCCAGUGCCAAUGCCGGCCCAACGUGGUGGGCAGGAAGUGUGACAAGUGCACCCCCGGAACCUUUCAGUUUGGACCCAGCGGUUGCAGACUAUGCAAGUGCAACCCACAGGGUGCUGUCAGCGCUUUCUGCCACGAGGCUACAGGCCAGUGCGAGUGUGUUGUGGGUGCAUCAGGCCGCCAGUGUGACGUCUGUCUCCCGGGACACUGGGGUUUCCCACGCUGCCGGCCCUGCUCGUGCAACGGCCACGCGGAGCAGUGUGACCCCCACACCGGGAAGUGCCUGGGCUGCCGGGACCACACCACAGGCCAUAGCUGUGAAAGGUGUUUGAACGGUUACUAUGGCGACCCGGUGCUGGGCUCUGGGAGCCACUGCCGGCCCUGUCUGUGUCCGGAUGGGCCCGACAGCGGGCGCCAGUUUGCCGGGGGCUGCUAUCAGAACCCAGACUCCUCCCAGGUGUUCUGUGUCUGCAGCCUAGGAUACAAAGGUGCAAGAUGUGAUGAGUGUGCCCCUGGUUACUAUGGCAACCCGCAGCAGGUGGGGGGACAGUGCCAGCCCUGCCAGUGUAACCAGAACAUCGACAUGGUGGACCCAGACUCGUGCGACUCUCAGUCGGGCAUCUGCCUCAAGUGUCUGCACCACACUGAGGGCGACAGCUGCCAGAGCUGCAAACUCGGUUACUUUGGAGACGCGCUCACCCAGAGCUGUAGGAAGUGCACGUGUAAUCACCUGGGCACAGCCAAUGACACCUGUCCCUCAGCCGGGAACUGCCACUGCGACUUGGCCAGCGGGCAGUGCCGCUGCCUCCCCAAUGUGGUGGGCCAGAGCUGUGACCAGUGUACCAAUGACACCUGGAACCUGGCCAGCGGGUCUGGGUGUGAACCCUGCGACUGUGACCACAGCCACUCCUUUGGGACAUCCUGCAAUGAGCUGACGGGACAGUGCUCCUGCAAGCCCGGCUUCGGGGGCCGAACAUGCCGCGAGUGCAGGGAGCUCUUCUGGGGUGACCCCGAGGUGAAGUGCUCUGCCUGUGACUGUGACCCCAGGGGUAUUAAAGAGGAGCAAUGUGACAAGACCACCGGCCGCUGUGUCUGCGUGGAGGGUGUGGCCGGCCACAGGUGUGAUGAGUGUGCACGGGGCUUCUCGGGCGAGUUCCCCCACUGCGAGCGCUGCCACGACUGCUUCCAGGUGUGGGAUCAGGUGAUCGGCGAACUCGCGAACCAGACACGCCGGCUGACCGAAAGGGUGGGGAGUCUGAAGGCCAGCGGAGUCACAGGACCCUAUCAUGAGACGUUCAACAGCAUCGAGCAGAGCACCAGUGCCAUUCAAGCCAUCUUGGAUCAGAACCCAGCUGCCCAGCCCCUGGCGGAGAUCCAUGAGCUGCUGGAGCAGGCCUCUGACCUGCUGGGAGAAAUUACCAACAAGCUGAAUACCACAGAAGAGACCGUGGCCCAGAUUUCCAAGGACAACAAUAGCACAGACUACAAACUGUUCGCCAUCCAGGAGGAUGCCCAGAAGCUGGAAAGCACCAUUCGUGACCUGUGGGAUCUGGUGGACUUUGUGAAGAACUCUAAUGUACGAGGUGCCAUGGAGAGCAUCACCAAACACUUCCAGCAGUCUUUGGAUGCAGAAGAGCGUGUAAAUGCCUCCACCAGCGACCCUGACAACACAAUUGAACAGUCAGCCUCUAUCCGGCAGAUUGUGGAGGACAGGAUGAAUGAAACCAAGGGCCAGUUUGAUGAGAGACAGAAGGACAAUGCCAGGAGACUGGAUGAUCUAGCUGGUCAGCUGGAGACCCUUGACCUGUCCAAACUCAGUGAUAUGACAUGCGGUAGCCCAGCUGGAUCCGAGACGUGUGCCAGCUCGCCCUGUGGGGGUCUGGGCUGCCUGAAGGAGGAUGGAACGAGAAAGUGCGGCGGCGAGGGGUGCGAUGGCCUCGUCACCCUGGCACACAGUGCCUGGCAGAAAGCCAAGGACUUUGACAGGGAAAUUCUCAGUGCUCUGGAAGAAGUGGACAAGCUCUCCAAGAUGGUGAUGGAGGCCAAGAUGAAGGCAGAUGAGGCAAAGCGGAGUGCUCAAGAUGUUUUGCUGAAAAGCAAUGAGACCAAGCAGCACGUGGAGCAAAGCAACACGGAGCUGCGUAACCUCAUCAAGCAAAUCCGCGACUUCCUUACACAGGAUGGAGCAGACGUGGAGAGCAUCGAAGCGGUGGCCAAUGAGGUGCUGGCGAUGCAGAUGCCUACAACACCGGGCCAGCUGCAGAACCUGACAGAAGAGAUCCGGGAGCAUGUGGGCAGUCUGUCGGAGGUGGAAGUGAUCCUGAACCAGAGCGCGUGGGACAUCCAGAGAGCCGAAAGACUGCUGGAACAGGCCCAUAAAGCCAGUAAAGAUGCUCAGAACGUCAAGGACACAGCUGAGAUGGUGAAGGCGGCGCUUGAGGAGGCUGGGCGUGCCCAAGGCACAGCUGCAAGAGUGAUCAAACAAGCCACAACAGACAUCAGUGGAACCCAGGACCUGAUAACUUCGCUGGAAUCAGAAACGUCGGACUCGGAGUUCCGCCUGAACAACGCCACGCAGAGGCUGCUGGUGCUGGAGAAGGACAUCGCUUUACUGAAACAGAAAAACCAGAACAACUCUAUCAGCGUUGAAGAGACCAAUAAAGCCACAGAGGAUCUCAACCAAGUAGCUGACGAGGUUCAAAAGGAACUGGACACAGAACUGAAAGACAAGUUUAAGUCCGUGGAAGACCUUGUCUCGCAGAAGGCUGGAGGCCUGGAAGAUGCCAAGAAAAGAGCAGAGCAGCUUCAGCAGCAGGCCAAGGAACUGCUGUCACAGGCCAGCGACAAGCUGCAGCAACUCAAAGAUUUAGAGAAGACAUAUGAGGAGAACCAAAGGAAGCUGGAGGAAAAGGCCAAUCUUCUGGCUGACCUGGAAAGUGCAGUUCGGGGCCUGCUCCAAGACAUUAGCGAAAAAGUAACUGUGUAUAGCACCUGCCUGUUUUAAGUGAACUCAUGACUAAAGAGGAAAGGCAUCAGAUACCAAUGUUUACACCAAAUCUUGAAAAAUACCUAUCAUGUAUGCAGAAAAUGUGAAAGAAACACAAGCUGUAAAGGGCUGUGGAGUACAUAUUAAAGAAAAAUGAAUGCAUAUUGUGAACCAUGAAUGUACUGACUUGUAUUUCUCUAAACAUGAGAUCUUGAAA